CCCGCUGCCUCCUGCUGCCUCCCUUCCUCCGAAAGAGCCUCCGAACGAAGGAAGGAAGGAAGGAAGCAGCAGGGACCCAGCGGCGGAGAUGCCCAGCCCUCCUCGCCCCCAGCAGCCCAGACGAGAUCUGACCCACCAAGCAGCCAGUUCUGGGCGGCGCAGCGGACAGACUUCCUGAUGCCUGAACCCUGGGAGCGUUAUGGAUUUGACUAAGAUGGGGAUGAUACAGCUCCAGAACCCCAGCCAUGCCACGGGGCUCCUUCAGAAGGCCAACCAGAUGCGGCUGGCGGGGACCUUGUGCGACGUGGUGAUCCUGGUGGACAGCCAGGAGUUCCAUGCCCACCGGACUGUCUUGGCUUGCACAAGCAAAAUGUUCGAGAUCCUCUUCCACCGCAGCAGCCAGCAUUACACCUUGGACUUCCUCUCGCCAAAGACCUUCCAGCAGAUCCUGGAGUAUGCCUACACGGCCACCUUGCAAGCGAAAGUGGAAGACCUGGAUGACCUCCUCUAUGCUGCCGAGAUCUUAGAAAUUGAGUAUCUGGAGGAGCAGUGCUUGAAGAUCCUGGAGACCAUCCAGGCCUCGGAGGACAAUGACACCGAGGCCAGCAUGGCUGACGGAAGCACCACCGAAGAGGAGGAGGACCGGAAGGCCAAAUACAUGAAGAAUAUCCUCAUCUCCAAGCAUUCCAGCGAAGAGAGCGGCUACUCCAGUCUGGCUGGCCAGAGCUUGACGGGACCUUUGGUGGAGCAGAGCCCUUCCGUUUCCACCUCCUUCGGACUCUCUGCCAUGAGUCCCACCAAGGCUGCUGUGGAUAGCCUGAUGACUAUUGGCCAGUCGCUGCUCCAAGGGGUGUUGCAUGGCACCCCUGAGGACUUGCAUGCUGCAUCUGGUGGGCUCCGUCCUGGUUCCUCAGAGGUGAAAACGGAGGCCAUGCAGGUGGAGGAAUCCGGCAACCAUGAGAGUCCUCGGGCGUCUGAUUCGGGCACUUUGGACCGAGCGGAGGACAAAGGCAAACAAGGGCCUGGCACCCCGACGCGGAGUAGCGUCAUCACCAGCGCCCGAGAGCUCCACUACCCCCGGGAUGAGAACUCCGAUCAGCCAUCGGAGGUGGUCCAUGGCCACCACCGGCAACGGGGGGGCUCGGAGCUGAUGGCCUCCUGCCACGGGGAGAAGCCCAUGGGGAUCUAUUCCAUGCUGCCGAACCACAAAGCCGAGGCUGUCUUGGGUCUCCCCUCUGCCAUGGGUCCUGCCUUGCAGGUGCAGCCGGCCCUGGCAGUCUCCAUGGACUUCAGCGCCUAUGGAGGUCUCCUCCCGCAGGGCUUCAUCCAGAGGGAGCUCUUCAGCAAACUUGGAGAACUGGCCGUGGGGAUAAAAACCGAGAACCGGAGCAUCGGUGAACAGUGUAGCGUCUGCGGAGCCGAGCUGCCGGACAAUGAGACGGUGGAACAGCACCGGAAACUGCACAGCGGAAUAAAGACAUAUGGGUGCGAAUUAUGCGGAAAGCGAUUCCUGGACAGCCUACGUCUUCGGAUGCACUUAUUGGCUCAUUCAGCAGGUGCCAAAGCCUUUGUCUGUGAUCACUGUGGUGCGCAGUUCUCUAAAGAAGAUGCUCUUGAUUCUCACCGGCAGACACACACCGGCUCUGACAUGGCGGUCUUCUGCCUUCUCUGCGGGAAACGGUUCCAGACGCAGACGGCCUUGCAGCAGCACAUGGAGGUGCAUGCCGGCGUGCGCAGCUACAUUUGCAGUGAGUGCAACCGCACUUUCCCCAGCCACACCGCCCUCAAGAGGCACCUGCGCUCCCAUACAGGGGACCACCCAUACGAGUGUGAGUUUUGUGGCAGCUGCUUCCGGGAUGAGAGCACUUUGAAAGGCCACAAGCGCAUCCACACUGGAGAGAAGCCCUACGAGUGCAACGGCUGUGGCAAGAAGUUCAGCCUCAAGCAUCAGCUAGAGACCCACUAUAGGGUCCACACAGGUGAGAAGCCCUUUGAGUGCAAGCUCUGCCACCAGCGGUCCCGAGAUUACUCAGCAAUGAUCAAGCACCUCAGGACCCACAAUGGCGCUUCCCCGUAUCAAUGCACGAUCUGUCUGGAAUACUGCCCAAGCCUUUCCGCCAUGCAGAAACACAUGAAGGGCCACAAGCCAGAGGAAAUCCCCACCGACUGGAGAAUAGAGAAGACCUACCUGUACCUUUGUUAUGUCUAAAAGGGACAAAAGGAGGGAUGGAGGGAUGCAGGAAGGAAGGAAGGACUGGGCAAAACCCAACUCACCCCACCACUCAAAUCGGUCUUCUCUCCUUCUCCUCCUCCUUCUCCCAUCAUUUCUUUUCCUUCUCCCUGUCCCUUGUUCUGUUUCUACCUGUUACAGUUUGCUGGUUGUCUCCCUUUGCAAUAGCAGUGGGAGCAAGAGAGGGAAGCAGGAAACUCUUCUUGAGUUCUCUGGCUACGACUCAACAGAAGGAAACAUGGGAAUAGAUCAGCAUCCUCAAUGGUCAUGAGCCUUAAUGGUCAUGUCCCCAUGCACGUCGAGGUCAGGGGAGGGCAAAUGGGGUCACUACAUUUUGCUGUGAUUGUUGAAUUUCUCUUCAGGCACUUCCAUGUUGUGAGGCUGAAGGAAAAAUCCUUUUCCUGCAUGGUUCUCCUGGUUCCCUGCUACCACCACCCUGAAAGGAACCUUAGGAACUGUGGCAUGACCAGGGCUCUGAGGAUGCCCUGCUAGAUAUAUCUGGUCUUCAUUCAUGUAUGGAUUGGUGACACCACACAGUCCUUGUGGGAAGGGGAGGUUUGACAGGCUUUGGUGUACAAUGCUCAUCCUUCUUCAUAGUGGCUCCUUGCCCUCACUCCUCCUUUAGGCCAUGGUGGACCUGCUCAUUCUCAGCCAGUCCCUUAGAGUGGAAGCAUUUAGAAAAAGGGUUGUUGUACUAAGGAAGCUCUAUAUGGUUGGCCAAGGAGUCCUCAGGAGACCUGACACUGCCACAGAGGAUGAUGGGAGGCAGUGGUCAGGAGGACAUUUCAGAUUUCUUUCUUUAGGAAGGCUCUUGAAGGACAGUUCCUAGACAGCACAGUGCAGCUCCUUGUGGGGAGGAGAUGGGGGAAGCAGAAUAUUUGGAUCUUAACUAGGCCAAAGGGCUGUGCUUGAGAGUAGGGGAGAAGCAGCUGUGAAUGAAUGCAUCUCUGUCACAUCGUUGUUGCCUUUUCCCCUCGGGUAUCCUUCCCAGUUUGAGCCCAGGAUUUGCCCGUAAUUGCACUCUUUGACAUGAAGAACCAGGGUGCUUUCACAGUCCACAAAUGCAGCACUAUGAUUCCACUUGAACUGCCAUGGUGAUUCCUAUGGAAUUCUGAUAUUUGCAAUUCAUUGAGCGGAGUUUAUAGUUCUCAACCACAAAGGUCUAGCGCUUCAUCAAACUCCAAACUCCAUGAUUUUAUAGGAUGCAUCCAUGUCAGUCCAAGUGGAACCACAGUGCCAUCAUGCUGUCAUGGGAAAGGGUCCCAGUCACCCAAAAGAGCAUGACCAUGGGCAAGUUGAGUUUGCAAGAGCUCCCAACUCCCCUGUGGAUAUUAUGUUUAGGCUGCAACACUUUCUCCUGACCAAAGACCAUUCUAUGCAUUUUAAUUUUAAAGGGGGGGAGUGGAGGGUGGGGAAUACAGAUGGAAGAGGAAUAUUGGGGGAAGGGGUGAGAGAAACAAGUUAGAAAGGGCAUAACUUUGCACAUUUGUUAAUGUGGGCAACAAGCCUUCUCUGAGAAGAGGGUAAAGUGAGAUGAUUUCUGCAGCUUUCUGUUGAUAAUGAGUGGGAAAGCCAACAGCUCCUGGACAUUGGCUCCACUCCAAUCAGCCUGGUACUCCUUUGGGCACACAUGCUUCUUUCCUAGUUCCCAGUCACUUCUGUGGAGGUGUAAUGUAUUUGCUCAUACUUAGAUACACUGCCACUACCCUCCAUUGCAUCGAAAGAGGAGAUCACCCUCACACAGCACAGUUGGGUGAUGAGCACAUGAGCAUUCAGGGCAGAAUAGGUGGCAGAUAACCAGCCACUGAAUCAUAGAAAAAGCAGAUACAUCCCAAUGAUAGCUAUAGCAGUGGUUCUCAGCCUUUGACUCUCCAGAUCUUGUUAACUCCCGCUUCCUUCAUUAGCCCCAGCCAACAUGGCCAAUGGCGAAGUACAGUUGGCCCUUGGUAUCUGCUAGAGUUUGGUUCCAGGGCCUUUUCAAGCCAUGGAUGGUGGAAUACAUGAACUGUAGUCUGAGAUUCAAUGUCCAAAAUACCUUUAGGGCCAAAAGUAGAGAACCUCUGAGUUAUCAAGCAGUUUGUGCCUGCAGAGUCUUACCUUCUGCCUUGGAUGAUGAUCCAAUAGGCCAUUGUGAUAUGUGGCUUGAUGAACCAAGAUGGUGACUUGCCACAAUGCAUAUGGCUAUGUGCAUUCUGAUACCACUGGCACAGAUGUGAUCUUUCCAGUGCAUUUGUGAAGUCAGCAGGUGACUCUCCUGCCUUGCAGUAGAAGGUCCAGCCCAACAACUGAAUGCCCCAGACUGGCCUCCCGUGACCUUUUUGGAAGGAAGACUGAGUGUAAGUAGCAUAGCUGGUGGCAUUGAAUGCCAAAGAGGCUAUCUACAUUAUGACCCUGUUUUGGAGAUAUGGUUCGAUACCAUGGAGAGCUCAUCUUGGCCAGAACCCUCUUAGAGAUUUCACACUGGUGGAAGCACUAGUCAAGCCAUGGGUACUUUCUCUAGGGUUGUGCAAGUAUCCAAUAUUUCCUUGUGCAAAACCAUUCCCCUGGCUGUGAGUAGUGAGCUGGUAGUGGGGAAGGUCCCAGUUACACGACCACACUUGACCCAAAAGGCCUUGUUGUCAUCUGGCUUAUGUUGCACAGCCAAGGGAAAAGGGCAACAGCUUUUGCUCUGAAGACUGGCUAUGUCCAGUAGGACCUCGACUCUAAACUCUCUAUGAAAACCUGGAGCAUAGUCAACCACCUCAUUGGCCCUGGAGCCAAUGGUUGUCACUGGCGGCUCCGAGGUAUGGGUUAACCAACGUUUGGGUCCCCACCAUGGCUUGUCUCAGAGGGACGGCUGCUUUUUUCUUCUUCUGUACAUACCCAUAAGUAGUGAGAAGGGGCAAACUUAGCAACAUGGACACAAGUGCCAAGCCCUAGACUGUUGUCUCUCCCUCUCCUCAUCUCUCUGCCUUUCUGACUUGUUUCCUUUCCAGCCUACUCCUCACUGGCAACACUCUUUGCUUUUUGGUUGCCCCUCUUACCCUUUAAAGUGGGGCCCAACCUGCCCAAAGUAAGAGGCCAUGUUCUCCUCCUCUGUGUGCCUCCUCCAACCCCACUCCUCCCCACAUCAGUCCUUCUGCCCAGAACUCUUGGCUCCGUGAAAAGCAGCCAAACGAUAAAAGACGUCCUUCCUUUGGCUUCGCUUUCUUAGUUUUAUUUUAUGUUUAAUGGUUUUUAUUAUUUUAUUAUUUUUAUUUUUUUGCAUUUAGCACAUUGUACUUGAAAUUACCUCGGUUUCUUGUGACCUCAUGAGCUUGUUUGCAUUGGCUUUGGGGAGGGAUAGGGAGGGAGGGGGGAUUGCUGGAAAGGCCGCAUUGCCAGGCUGCUGGAGAGAGAGAGUGUGUGUGUUUGCAUUCGCACGAAGUGCCCCAGUGCCACAGCGCAACCACAACGGCGCAAUAGACCCAUGGGCUCCAGGUUUCCAUGUCAGCCUUAUCACUUUGGGUUUGGUUUUUUUUAUCGUGCAUUAUUCUUACCAAAAUGGGUGUUUUGUUUGAGUGGCCCACCUGAUGGAAAACUGGGUCAUAUUAUCUUGAAAGCUACCUCUUUUUUAAGUUGAAUUGGGUUGUUGUUGUUGUUGUUUUUGCAGGGAGGGGGGAGGUUGGUUUUGUUGGUUUGUUUUGCAGUUACAGAAGCACAGUUUUGCAAUAUUUGUCGGGGGUAAUUUUUUUUGUUACUUUUUGUGUUCGCUUUGUGAUGUUCAUUUCAAUUUUCAUCUCAUGCUUUAUAUUUGCAAAUGUAAAACGAAAAUUAUUUUGUAAUUUAGCUGCAUCUAUAUAUGGGGGAAGAGGGGGAAAUGUUUUUGGGGGGAAUCCUUGUGUAUAGAUGGAAGAAAAGGGAAUUUGUUUGUGUUUUUUUAAGGGGGGUGUCUCCGUACUGCUGUCUAAUUCCACCUCUACCCCCCCAAAAUCCCACUUUGGAUCUUGUCUCAAUUGUUGCUAAAUACUGAAAGGCCUUAAACUUGCCAGGAGUCGGGUGGGAAGAAAAAGAGAGAAGAAGAUGUCCCUAUAACCAUUGAGAGAGUUUUUAGUGGGGUGCGGGAAUAGAAAUUUGCUAAAAGAAAAGAGGAAAAAAAGGAAAGAAAAACAGUGAAACUUGAAUAUACGAAUAGCUAAGUAGAGUUUUGUUUAUAAUGUGAAGGAGAAGGAGAAGGAGAAAAGGUUUUCAUUUAAGGCAGAACGAGAGAUAUGCAGUAAAUGUACCAAUGUCCCAUUGGCCAGAACAGGCCUUAAGGUCACAUCUUGUGCUCCCAAAAUGUUGGUGGGGUUUGUUGUUGUUGUCGUUUGUUUGUUUGUUUUUUAAAAAAAUCAUGGUUUCUCAUUGGAGAACCCUCCCUUUCCCUUGCCGUCCCCUUUCCCUGCCUCGCCCCAUCCCAUCCGCCAAGCGCAAAGUGUUGGACUGAUAAAUUAUUUGCAAAGUGUAAUAUUUUUGUAACAUUUGUUAGCCCACCCUGUGUCGGUUUUUGGCAAGAUGUUGUCCCUUUUCCCUGCCUUUUUGUAAUGUGGAUGGGAAUUUGUGUGUGCGCGUAUGUGUGUGUCAGAGAGAGAGAGAGAGACAGUAUUAAAUGAAUCGUGCAGUAUUGUCACAAUCCAGUGUUGCCACAUAGGUUGGUCCAAAGCACACUUGGGGAGAUGGAUUUAAAUCUACUGGUGAAUGUAUGUGAGCUUUCCAGUUUGGAGGCAUCGAGAGGGACAGCACUUGUCAUUGUCGGUGAGUCAACUCCACGCAUGGGAUGUUCCUUCUGGAGUUGUGUGUCGCCAUUGUUAGUACAACCGCAGCUGAAGGAUGUCAUUCUCCUUUGACCUAAGGGGCAUUUUUAUUUUUAAGGGUAUGCUAGAAAGACCUCUCCUUACGUCAUGAAUGUGGAGGAAGCAAAGACGGGUGCCGUUGCAUGCGAUCGCUGGCGGUGCGACCAGUGAACACGUUGAAGGCAUGUACGGUUUGAACACAAAGUUAUGAUUACACAAACUAGAUUUUAAGUAGAGGGGUGCACAAGGUGGAGAAGAGGCAUAACCCCUCCAGAGUAGCAGCUCGCCAUUGAGAAACUUACAAACUUGAGGGGUUGCCUCUCCAUUUUGUUCCAUUAGACCAGUGGUUCCUAAACUUUGGUCCUCUAGAUGUUUUGGACUUUGGGUCCCAGAAUUGUUGGCCAAGCUGGUUGGGACUUCUGGGAAUUGGUCCGGAGGACCAAAGUUUGGGAACCGCUGCAUUAGACCCACACAAAUCAACACCCAGUUUUUACACCACUAUUUUGAGCACCGUUUGCAAUGCACAUCCCUUGCAGGAUGACAGUCAGAUUUAACCCAUGUGCAAAUCCACAGACACUUUUUAUUUCUCUGCCCAGGAUCCCUUUAUGAGUACAUAUUCCUGGCUGACUAUGAUGAUUGCUUUGGGGAUAAAUUUGGAAACAGAAAAAAGCAUUAAGACAUAUCCUAGACAUAACCAUGCAAGUGUAGGUUUGUGUGUGUCUUUCCUUUUGCUGCUUUGUGUUAGGAAGUGAAACAGGCACUGUUUUAGUACAAUCCUCAACAGAACUUGGGAAAAAAGGUUUGUUGUAAGCUUUGUGCCUGAAGAAAAGUGAGGAGGAAGUGUGUAUAUGUGUGUGUGUGCAUUUGUAUUUUGUUUUGUUUUUGACAUUUGAAAGAGGAAGAAAACAAAUGUUAUAUUGCUUACUCGAUUCAUUGGUACAUGGUGGAAUGGGUUGAACUUCCUAGCUGAAGGAUGUCAUGGUAUGCUAGAUUAUCCAUUCAUUUGCAGAAGUGAAAUCUGCCUUCCAGUGUCCCGCCUCGCCAAUUCAAAUCCUCUGGUUUCCUACAGUUAUGACGUUGAGCCCUUUUAUAGCAAGAGAUAUGGAAUCACAGCAAUUAUAGUGCUAUCAUUCCACUUUAACGUCCACAGAUGAAUUGUACAGAAGCUUUGGGUUUGCAAUUUAAGACAGGGUUUUUAGCAUUCUCAGCCAGAGAGCCCCAAUAUCUCCCCAAACUCCAAAUCCUAGGAUUCUGCAAGAUGCAACCAUUUCAGCUAAAGUGGAAUUAUAGUGCUAUUACUGCAAAGUGUGGAAGAGCCCCCGAAUAUUUGUCUUGUUGCAGUUCAGGAAGGCAGAAGGGAAGAUGCAUGCUCAAAGAGACAAAGAAAGGAAAGGUUGUUAACCAACUUUUCCAUUCCUUUCCCAACCAUCAUGAUUCUCCCCAUGCUCUCCUGUGGAGCAACUAUGCCAAUGUGGGUAGGAGGUGCAAGCAAAGAAAGUUGUGGGUGCCGCAGCCAUGAACAGCCAGGCAAAUUGGAAGAAAUAGGUUGGAGUUUGUCCAUCUUCUCUCCCCACUGCCAUAACACCCACUUGUGUAGCAGGGUACCCACAGAAUGGUAUCCUUAGAUUCACCAUUCUGUCCCAUUUGGAAACAUGGAUCACAAUCCUGUACCAGAAGAGGUAGGUGCAAGAUGCAACUAUGGUAGCCUCCCAUCCAACCACCCCAAACCCAUCUGUCCUCACUGCUGCCCCUGAAACUCAACCACUUCUUAAUCCGUGGAUAAAAGGAGAAAAGUAGGUAAGCAUUCAGGUAUUUUUUAAAAAACCAGAAACACAGCGAGGGUCUGGCGUUCCUGCAGAUAAUGCUGCCGCUCUCCAAAAAGCUAUAGGAAAAUAGCCGGAUGCUUGUCUGCUUCCCCCCUCCAUUGUCAACCAACUAGACCAGUGUUUCCCAAAUGUUGGUUCUCCAGAUGCUUUGGACUUUGGCUCCCAGAGUUCCUGGCCUAGCCAUUUGAGCCAACUAUCAGGAAUUCUGGGAGCUGAAGUCCAAAACAUCUGGAGGACCAACGUUUGGGAAACGCUGAACUAGACAAUGCCCAAGUUUGGGGGGAGAUUGGGUUACUGUGCAGUCGGUAGUGAAUUCCGACCUCUGCGACGACCAAAAAAUUUGAGUUUUGAAGGCAUAAGUCCAAAUUGCAUCAUAAUUCACCAACAGUGGUUUUUGGGGAUGACAACGUCCAGAGGAUUCUGGGAGUUGCCAACCAAAAAAGGAGGGGUUGAAUUCCAGGGCAAAUUAAUUCUGUGUUAUAAGAGCCAGUGUCGUUUGAGUGUUGGACAACAACUUUGGAGACCAGGGUUCAAUUCCCAGCUCAGCCAUUAAACCUACUGGGUGACCUUAGGCAAGUCACACUCUCUCAGCCUCAGAGGAAGGCCAUGGCAAACCUCCUUUGGAUAAAUCUUGCCAAGAAAACCCCAUGGUAGGCUCACCUUAGGGUUGCCAUAUGGAAACGACAUGAAGGCAGACAACACGCAUGCACAUAUCUCACCACAAAGGAGAUAGCAUUGUGGACCAGGGGAGGAAAAUGACAACCAGAGAUCAUUUUCCUCACCUUUGGGUCUCCAAACCUUGAAGGAACGUCCUUGUCGACUUGCUGCCAUGACAUCCUCCAGCCUUGGAGGAACUGUUUUUGGGUUGGCGCGGGUGUCCUAGUAUUUGCUUUACCUGCCGUUCAAGGAGUAUGCAUGACCUUUGUUUCCGAGGCUGCGAAGUCUUCGCGACGCUUUAUGUUCCUAUAAAUAAAUAAAUAUAUAAAUAGAGAGAGAUAUAUAUGAUAGCACUGAGGACCAAUUUUUCGUCCUUCUCCGGACCAAGCAAACCGAAAGCUUAUUAUUAAUUUGUUGUUGGGGUUUUUUUUUCCGUUUUAAAAGAAAUGUUUCGUUUUUGCUCGUCUCCUUUUAACGUUGUGACAGGACAAGUGCCAGUCGGAUCGCUGCGUAUAAAGGAAAAAUGGGGGGGGGGGAAUAGUGUUUUAACAUUGCUGUCCUGGCUCAGUCUACCUCAGCACCUCCUGUUAGCCUAAUUUUAGAAGGUGCCCGUUCUUUUAAAAAUUUCGUUGCUAUUAUUAUUAUUAUAAUUAUAAUUAUUUUUUAUUUCCAGCUUCUUCACAAUGUCUUUCUCUUCUUGUACAAAAAAAAAAGAAAGAAAAGAAAAUAUAUACUUCUCUGUUGUUGUUUAUUUUCCGUUGCCGUGCAGCUUGUGAGUCUUGUCAUGUGUCCCUCUAGAAUCACGGAUGCGGUUCGCUUAAAGAUAAAAACACACAACACACAAAACACACACGUACACACACCCUCGAUCGUAUCCCCCACCUUCCCGACCCCCCCGAAAAAAGUCGUGACGUCCUCUUCUUCUAGUUGCUGUUUUCUCCACCUCUGCAUCCGUUCUUAUGUAAGGUGCAAAGGUGCGGUUGUUCGUAAACUUUUCAGUGUUUCUGGCGAGAAAAAAAGAAUAAUAAUAAUAAUAAUAGAGGAAAAGUUUUUUAAAAAAAUAAUAAUAAAAGAAAGAAAGAAAGAAAAGAAAGAAAGAAAGAAUUUACUGCUGCAGGUUUUUUUCUCUCUCCAUUUGUCACUAAGUGAAGUUUGUGCCUUCUAUAGCAAAGAGAAUAUUUUUUACAUCCUACUAACGGUAGAUUUUUUUGUAGUCGACAUUUUUUGUAUUUUUAUUUAUAAGUCUCAUAAGGAAAAAAAAUAGCAGUUGUUCAGUUGUAUACCUUGAAUCUGCAGUUAGAAACAAAACAAAAAAAAAUAAAGUUAAUUGAGUCGUUGA